ACAAACAGGCAGAGGUCAAARAAUCCACACCCAUCACUUCAGGUCCUAUGCCUGAGAAGAUGAGAUCAAUGCCCAAGAAGUCUGCAGACUCAGAACGGAAUCCUUGCACUGCCGUUCUGUGCCAACCCUACAGGGASAGGGUGAUCCACCUGCUUGCUCUGAGGAAUUACAAGAAGCCAGAGUUGCUUGCUBGCUUGCAGAGAGAUGGAAUCAGGCAGAAGGACAAGGGCACUCUUGGAAAGAUCCUUCAGCAGGUAGCCAGCCUGAACCCAAGGGAUAAUUCCUUCCGUCUGAAGGAACAUCUGUUUGAAACCCUUCAGAAUGACUGGYCUGGCUACACUGAAGAAGACAGACAGAAUUUGAAGUUAAUACUUUCUAGAAAAUCAGAUCCAUCGGAGAAUAUCACCAGUACCAGCCAAUCAUCAUCUCCGAGACUUUCUGAAAGAGAUGCUCCACCAAAACCUGCUCAGAAACGGCCUCUGGCUUCUGAUUUUACCAGUCCUGUGACCAGCAAGAAGCAGAGAAUUGCUCACCAGCUCAGUCAUGUCCAGCCAGCUGCUGGUGGAAAAACAAAAGAGACGUCCAUUGCCUCCACAUGCUCUGCAAUAAACAACGAACCAGACUACUUCAGGAAAUACAUAGCCAUAGUCUCCUUGGAGCAGCGCCAGAGCUACAAGGAUGACUUCAAUACAGAAUAUGAGGAAUACAGGAAUUUACAUGUCCUGAUAGACAAGAUCACCGAGAAUUUCUGACAGUUUGGUGAGCAGUGGAAGUCCCUGACUCCAGGCUCUGAAGCCCAUCAGAUGCUGCUUCAUCGAAUCCAAGCAGAAUAUCAAGAGUUACAACAGGGUAGUCCCAGCUACUCUGAAGUGAAGAACAGGUGUCAGUAUCUCCACAAAAAGCUGUCACAUAUUCAGAGACGAAUAUCUGAAUAUGACCGACAACAUGUGGAGUCCUGGCAGCAGACAUCUGCUUCAGCCCAUUGA